GCGGCGCUGGCAGCGGGGCCGGGGCGGACAUGAGGACCGAGAUCUCCACGGCGGCCGCGUUCGUCACCCGCCUCCUGCGGGCCGCCGGCGGGGUCGGCGAGGAGCAGCUGCGGUGCUUCCGCGAGUGCCUGCAGGAGGCGAUGCGCGAGCACUACAGGCACCACUGGUUCCCCCUGGUGCCCUCCAAGGGCUCCGGCUACCGCUGCAUCAGGAUCAACCAUAAGAUGGACCCCUUGAUAGGAAAGGCGGCGGGGAUGAUCGGACUGAGCCACGAGAGGCUCUUCCAGCUCUUACCCAGCGAAUUAACGCUGUGGGUCGACCCUUUCGAAGUGUCCUAUCGCAUAGGUGAGGAUGGGUCUAUCUGUGUGCUGUACGAAAGCCCCCAGCCUGGGGGGAAGGCGGCCAAACAGCUGGAGAGCAGGACCAGCUGCAAGGAGGAGUGGAGGAUUGGCAGAUCCAGCCCUUCCAAGAGUUACAACAUGAUGACGGUUUCUAGUUAAAAACAACUCUUCCCUGUACGAUGUUGUAUGUAUCCCAACCUCAUGGUAAAGUUAGAUGUAUAACUGAGCUUUUUUUUGUUUUUAAUUUUUUUUUCCACCCUAUAGUCAUUAAAGUCGUGGUAGUACUGCCAAGUUCUUUGUGGCCAAGGGCUAAAUGUAUAAAGCAGUUCUUUACACUGCAUGUUCCUUUCUGGGCUGUGUCCUGUAAAUGCACUGUACAGUUGGUGGAUUGUUUUACACAUUUAUAUUUUCAAAAAAGUUCUGCGUAUUUGUAAUAAAAAGCAAUAUUGUAGCA